AUGCUUACACGACUCACGCUGCUGGCAGCCUUACUGGCCUUCAGGACAUCGGCGGAAAGACCACCAAAUUCUCCCAGCAAUGAUGAGUUCUCGUUACAGACUCUGUAUCUCGGAAGUCUGACUACGGGUUUCGCUGGGACAGUCGUGAGCGCUGAUUCUUGUGGCACGACGUAUGCCUUGACCUGUACAAACUCGACGCUAUGUCCAGAUCCUGUGACGUUCACUGCCACGGCCGCUGCUUCGACGUAUCAGUAUCAGCUCGCUACCAGCACGAGUGUUGAAAGAGGGUCCGGUGAGGCUUCGAUGUCUCAGAGCUGUACGAUUGAGGGCACAUCGACAGAUACGUCGGCAGUGUGUAGUAUGGCUGAGAGCAUUUCCUUCAAUGGUCAGAGCUCGACCGCGAACAUGAAGACGACUAUCGCUGGAAACGAUCUGGUGUAUGCUCAAGUACCGAUCACUGGGAACCUUGAAGCUCUUGCUGGUGAGACGGGAGCUUGCAGUCUAGAUGCCGCGGCGACGAUGUCUGGGAGUGGAGCUGUGCCGACGAGGGUCAGCGAGGUGUAUAAGGUGAUUGUUCCAGUGGGAGCAGCUCUGCUUGCUGGCGUUUUGUGA